AUGCAGCAAAAAGCAAUCCCAAGACUGUUUAUGGUUCAACGUCUAUAUAGGAGAGUAUUAAAACUUCAUCGUUGCUUACCUGUUGAGUUAAAAAACCUUGGUGAUGAGUAUGCCAAGGAUGAAUUUCGUCGAAAUAAAACCGCUAAUCAGUUACAAGCAUAUGAAUUUAUAAAAGAAUGGAAGAAUUAUUGUACGACUCUUGAAAACCAACUGCAAUUAAGUGAUUCGGAGAUUGGCAAAAACCUGCAGAAGGAGAAUAUGGAUUCGUUGUCACAAGACCAACUUGGUCAGCUGUAUCAGCUGCAACAAGAAACUGUCCGGAUAAAAAAGAACGACUUAGAAUAGGAGACGAUAAAGCAAAUGGGAAAUGUUUAUAUAUUGCAGCCACUCACGUUGGACUUGGAAUGAUAUCAAAGUUGUAAUCCCCGUAUAUGUUUCCUCGCAUCUAUGCUGCGUAAAUAAUAAAAUCCCGACAACAUUUGAUAUUAAUUUGAUUAAAAUACAAAAAACUCACAAA